ACUGAGACCCAAGAUUGCGGGCGGUAAGCCUCUGGGCUGCUGAUCGCUGGAGGGUGUGAGAGGCAUUCAGAGUGCUCCCAGUGGCCACCCCCGGCAAACGGCCCUCCAAGGAGGCACUAGAGGAACUACAUUUCCCAGGAAGCUCUGGGUCAGGGGCGUUGCGGGUGCUGCCGGGAAGUGCAUGCGUGCCAGAAGCCAGAUCCGGUACCGUGAGGAUGGCAGUUCAGCAAGUAUUCCCCCUUUCCGGUGUGGUGCAGCAGUAUGCCUGGGGGAAGACAGGUUCUAACAGUGAAGUGGCUCGGCUGCUGGCCAGCAGUGACCCGCUGGCCCAGAUCUCAGAGGACAAGCCAUAUGCAGAGUUGUGGAUGGGGUGCCAUCCCCGGGGAGAUGCCAAGAUCCUUGACAAUCGCAUCUCACAGAAGACCCUAGGCCAGUGGAUCGCUGAGAACCAGGACUGCUUGGGCUCAAAGGUCAAGGACACCUUUAAUGGCAAGCUACCCUUCCUCUUCAAAGUGCUCUCAGUUGAAACUGCCCUGUCCAUCCAGGCACACCCUAACAAGGAGCUGGCAGAGAAAUUGCACCUCCAGGCUCCACAGCACUACCCCGAUGCCAACCAUAAGCCAGAGAUAGCCAUUGCCCUCACCUCCUUCCAGGGUUUAUGUGGCUUCCGGCCAGUUGAGGAAAUUGUGACAUUUCUGACAAAGGUGCCCGAGUUCCAGUUUCUUAUUGGAGAUAAUGCAGCAACACAGCUGAAGCAGAGCCUGAGCAGUGACUCCCAGUGUGUGGCCUCUGCUCUGCAGAGCUGUUUCUCCCACCUGAUGAAGAGCGAGAAGAAGGUGGUGAUAGAGCAGCUCAACCUGUUGGUGAAGCGAAUCUCCCAGCAAGUGGCUGCUGGAAACAACAUGGAGGACAUCAAUGGGGAGCUCUUGCUGCAGCUGUAUCAGCAGUAUCCAGGUGAUAUUGGAUGCUUUGCCAUCUACUUCCUGAACCUGCUUACCCUGAAGCCAGGAGAGGCCAUGUUUCUGGAGGCCAAUGUGCCCCAUGCCUACUUGAAAGGAGACUGCGUGGAGUGCAUGGCGUGUUCAGACAAUACUGUUCGUGCUGGCCUGACACCCAAGUUCAUCGAUGUGCCAACUCUGUGUGAAAUGCUCAACUAUACCCCCAGCAAGGACAGGCUCUUUCUUCCAACACAGAGUCAAGAAGACCCCUACCUCUCUAUCUAUAACCCCCCUGUGCCAGACUUCACUGUCAUGAAGAUGGAGGUCCCUGGCUCCAUCACUGAAUACAAGGUCUUGGCAGUGGACUCGGCCAGCAUCCUCCUGAUAGUACAGGGAAGAGUGACAGCCAGCACUCCCACAGCCCAGACACCAAUCCCCCUGCAGCGUGGUGGGGUGCUCUUCAUUGGGGCCAAUGAGAGCGUCUCACUGAAGCUCACUGUGCCCGAUGACCUGCUGAUGUUCCGAGCCUGCUGCCUGCUGUAGAGACCACAGCCUGUCUGGCUCUCCUCUGACAGUUACCCUAAAUCCUAGCCAGCCUCUCAGGCCCAGCUCAAACCCUUCCCUGUUCUGGACUUGGGUGUGCGCUGGAAGAGCUGGGGUAGAGUAGCAAGCUUGAAGGUAGUACCUCCUGAGCAAGCCUAGGACAAACCAUCAUCUUUCUCUUGGGAGAAGGACCCCGAUAAGAACUAAGAGCAGACACUCCCCUUGUAUUCUCACCAUACCUCAGCCAGGCUGUCCUCAAGGCAGGAGGCAGCAGCUGUUCCAGCCUAUGGCAUUAAGCAGGCUGCUAAAAUCUAGUACUAUUUCAGCAUCACUCACAGCAAAAGGAUAGGCCAUUUCUAAGAACAGGGUUCUGGCCCUGGGACUGCCCAUUUCCUCAAAUGCAAAGGAGGGAAAAGAGUAGGCCUAUGGACUCAUUACUCAUUGCCACCCUCUGACUCUGUCAAAGCAAUUAAAGAUCACUGUGUUGAGGCUGAUGUAGAGCAGUCAACCUUUAGUGUUCCAGGAUA